AAUCACUUUGAGCACUUGUUCACUCAGUUCAGUCCCGCAGUUCCGUUCAAGAUGAGUCUUCUUAGCGCUCUGAGGAGCGGCAUCGAAAUCGUCGACGAUUCCGUAUCGUCCCGGGACCUAGUCAACCGACUGGUCGACUUGGGACCACAGGAAGAACCGCUGCAUCUGACCGAACUGGACACACUGGUAAAGCGACACUACGAAUGGAUGCAGUAUUUGCCCCGGGUUGAUACGUACUAUGCAGUCAAGAGCAACGACGAAGCGUCCCUGGUAGCGGCAACGGUUCUGCUGGGAUGCGGAUUCGAUUGUGCCUCGAUGGCAGAAGUUCGUCGAAUAUUGGAUCUCGGAGUCGAUCCCAAGAAGAUCAUCUUUGCACAACCGCAUAAGACAAUCGCUUCGUUGAAGUUAGCCAGCGAGAACAAUGUACGGACGGUGUUUGAUUCCGAAACGGAACUGCAGAAGAUUCGCCAAUACUAUCCGGAAGCAGAAGUACUCAUCCGCUACCGAUUUGAUUCUAAAAAGGCGAAGAUCGCUUUGGGGUCGAAGUUUGGCUGUGAACCCGACAAGGAAUCUCGCAAACUACUUGACCUGGCAAAGGAGUUGGGUGUCAACGUGGUUGGUUGGUGCUUCAAUGUUGGUUCGGGAUGUAGCGAUAUGGACAUCUUCUAUGACGCCAUCAAAAAAGGGCGUGAAAUCCACGAUUACGCUUCUUCAAUCGGGUUCAACUUCAAGAUGAUUGAUCUUGGUGGUGGAUUCUUUGGCGACAAGGACUGUGGGAUAGCUCCCUAUGCGGAACACAUAAACCGGGCCUUGAAAGAAUUCUACCCUGAAGAGGAAGGUAUCUACGUUUUUGCCGAACCGGGUAGAUUCUACUGCGCAGCGGCUGUCACGGCUGUCAUUCCCGUUCAUGGUAAACGUGUCUUCUGGAACGAGAAAGAUCCUCUGAAAAUUGAACACAUUUUCUACUACUUCAACGAUGGAAUGUACGGUACAUUCUACAGUGCCAAGUAUCGUAACAUGCCGGUGGAUCCAAUAGUUUGGAAAUCCAGAGGUAACGAUGAAUCGACCUACAAGACUUCACUGUUCGGUCCCACUUGCGAUGGGAGCGACUUUUUCGCAAAAGAUAUCGACCUUCCGGAGCUGCAAGUCUCGGACUUUGUGGUAUUCGAAAAUCAGGGAGCCUACACGAGGGUCCAUUCGUGUCGAUUCAAUGGAUUCUGUUUGCCGAAGGUGCUGAACUUCAUGCGGAAGAGUACAUGGCAACUUUUUGAGGAAAUUUCAACCUCUUCGAAUCCAACGCAAGUCGUUCAGAACUCAACAUAUCUACGAUGCAACAACAAAAUUGAACAUCUUACCUUUAGACAGUAUUGA